AUGGAAGCAGAACGCAGCAGCUCCUUAGAGUUUACACCAACAUGGAUAGUUGCCAUUGUCUGCUUCAUUAUUGUUUUCUUAUCUUUUUCCGCUGAGCGCGGUCUUCAUCGACUUGGGAAGUUAUUGGAGCAUAAGGAUCAAUAUCAACUAUAUCAAGCCUUACAAAAAUUAAAGGAAGAGCUGAUGCUUCUAGGGUUCAUUUCCCUUCUAUUAACGGUGUUUCAAGGUUUAAUAAGUCGCAUAUGCGUACCAAGUCAUCUUACAUCUUCCAUGCUUCCAUGCAAGAGGGACACUGGUUCCGAGCAUUACUCUCAUCUAAAUACAAACAAUCGACGAAGGCUUUUGUCUGAAGAGGCUAAUUCAGGGCAAUGCCUACGCGAGGGAAAGGUUCCAUUGUUAUCAUUGGAAGCAUUACACCAGCUGCACAUUUUCAUCUUUGUACUGGCAGUAGUUCAUGUGAUCUUCUGUGUCACUACCAUGUUUCUUGGCGGAGCCAGGAUACGCCAGUGGAAGCUCUGGGAGGAUUCAAUUUCAAAAUCAGUGAAGGGUCCAACAAGGAGCAACAGCACUCCUGCUCCUGACUACCACGAGAUCUUCAAACUACGUGCUUCUGGAUACUGGAGACAGGCAGCUAUUGUUAGUUGGAUGAUAUCGUUCUUCAAACAGUUUUAUGGCUCUAUUACCAAGUCAGAUUACGUUGUACUGCGACAAGCUUUCAUCAAGGAACACUUCCCAAGGAAACCUGAAUAUAAUUUUCACAAGUACAUGGUGCGGACACUUGAAGUUGAUUUCAAAAAAGUUGUUAGCAUAAGCUGGUACCUGUGGCUGUUUGUUGUGGUAUUCUUACUGCUGAAUGUGGCAGGAUGGAACUCAUAUUUUUGGUUAUCCUUUUUGCCUUUGAUCCUGCUACUUUUUGUGGGCGCUAAGUUAGAGAAUGUAAUCUCCCGUUUGGCUCGGGAGGUAUUGGAGAAGAAUGUACAUGACCAUGAAGCACAGCAGGUCACAGAGAGGAAGAGAGACCAUGAAGCAGCACGUUUGAAGCCAUCGGAUGAGCACUUUUGGUUUGGUCGCCCUGCCAUUGUGCUUUACUUAAUUCAAUUCAUUUUGUUUCAGAAUUCAUUUGAGAUUGCCUUCUUCUUCUGGAUCUUGAGCACAUACGGAUUCAAAUCAUGCAUCAUUGAAAAAUUGGGCUUCAUCGUCACAAGACUUAUUAUGGGUGCGGUUGUUCAAGUGCUAUGCAGUUACAGCACCUUGCCUUUGUAUGCUCUUGUGACCCAGGUGGGUAGCAGGUUAAAAGAAGGCAUCUUUGAAGAAACUACGGGAACAUCUGUGAGAAUAUGGGCUAAACGUUCAGGGGGUAAAAGAAAGGAGAGAGCAGAGAGUCGCCCGGCUGAAGCAAGUCAAACACAAAUAAAUAAAAUGGCUACAGAAUCACCACAAAAUACUCAAAUUUCGGAACAAGCAAUGGUUGCGAUUGAAGAAACUACGACAACAGUAGCAUCUGAGCUCCCCUCCGCCUAUGUAGCCCAACCACCUUUUCCAGCAUCUUGACUUACUUGAGAGAUAUCCUACGUGGCAAUUUGAUUUCCGAUGGCCAGUAUUCAGUUCCUUAAUGUACAAGGACAUAUAACCUUUUCAACA